AUGCCUCAGUCAAGAAAUUCUGUUGACAAUUCUGAAAAGAUAGAUGAAUCAACAAACAAUUCAAGCAAUGCUCUUGCAACCGAGGAUUUUGCAAAUAUCGAUGAUGUCGCAGAAAAAAAAUUAGUAAAAAAGCUUGAUUUAAGAAUUAUUCCUUUAGUUACGCUUCUUUAUACUCUCAGUUUCUUAGAUAGGGUUAAUAUUGGAAACGCGAAAUUAGCUCAUUUGGAACGUGAUCUUAAUUUAGCGGGUAAUGAAUAUAACUGGUCUUUAGGGAUAUUCUUUGUAGGCUAUAUAUUGUUUGAAAUACCAUCUAAUAUGAUGCUAAUCAAAGUCAGACCUUCAAUUUGGAUUUCAUCGCUCAUGAUCGUAUGGGGUGUCAUCAUGAUAACAAUGGCAUUUGUACAAAAUUUUACACAUUUGAUGAUUACGAGAUUUUUUUUGGGUAUUUUUGAAUCUGGUCUUUUUCCUGGUGUCGUAUUUUAUAUUACAAGAUGGUACAAGAAAUCUGAACAAAAUUAUAGAAUUGGGUUAUUUUUUUCUGGUGCUACAAUUGCUGGCGCAUUUAAUGGUCUUUUGGCAUAUGCUAUCACAAAUUUAAAUGGUAAAUUUGGUUUUAGUGGUUGGCGAUGGUUAUUUCUUAUUGAUGGUGCGGCGACAGUCAUAAUUGCAUUUUUUUCUUACUUUUUAAUUUCGGAUUAUGCGGAAACCGUUUCAUGGCUUACAGAAGACGAAAGAAAACUAGCCAUUGAUCGAUUACGACGCGAUGUAGGGCAUACCCACACAACUCAUUUUGAUAAACAUCAAGUUCGACAAGCAUUUAAAGAUUUGAUUUAUGGGUUUAUACUUUUGUUUGCUUGUUACUUUAUAUUCUUUUUCUUUUUUCGUUCCGACCAUCUUAUUUCUCAACUUCUUUCCACUCCACCAUUUGUUUUGGGAUGUAUUUCAACUAUAUCUAUAGCGAAAUUAUCUGAUCGUACCGGUGUUCGUAGUCCAUAUUUGAUUUUUAGUUUAUCAAUAGCAAUUAUAGGAUACUCAAUACUCCUUGUACCAAACAUUAGUACUGCUUUGAAAUAUACCGGUGUUUGUAUUGUUGGAUUUGGUGCAUUUCCAACUAUCCCUACAACACUUGCAUGGAUAACUAAUAAUCUGGCUGGUGACUCGAAACGUGCCGUAGGUUGUGCGAUGGCGAUAGCCUUUGGUAACAUAGGUGGUGUAGUAAGCGCACAAUUAUAUAAAUCUAGUGAUGCUCCAGAUUAUAAGACUGGUCAUAGUGCCGCAUUAUCACUUUUCGCUGUUGCCAUAUUAAUAACUUUAACUCAAUGUUGUUUAUUGAAAAGAGCUAAUAAAUAUAAGAUUGAAAGGCCUGAAAUGUUUUUAAAAGGCUCGAAUAAUGAUGCUACGCAUUUGGGUUAA